GUUGACAGGGUCUAGUUGAGCUGAGCCUCUCAGCGGAGAGCGUGAGUCGCGCUCUAAAGGACAGCGGGUAGGCAGAGUUCGCGUUUUACCCAGUGUUCGAGGGUCCACCGAAGAUUUCAGUCAGUCUCCUUCUGUUUCUCAUUCAUCGGGCCUUCGGUUAUGGAGAUUUCACGAUCGGAUUAGCAGGGCUGCAGUUCUGAGGCAGAAUGAGCGCGAAUGUACCGGGCUCGGGCUCGGUGCCCUGCCGCUUCGCACACUACUUCGUGAUCUGCGGCAUAGACACUGAGACUGGACUGGAGCCGGACGAGCUAGCAGCAUUAUACCAAUGGCUAGAAGCAGAUCGCCAUGGUAGGACCAAACAGACAACAAGGACAGGGGAAAACUUUGAUCAGAGCCCUCUGCGAAGAACAUUUAAAUCCAAAGUCUUGGCUCACUUCCCGGAGAAUAUUGAAUGGAAUCCUUUCGACCAAGAUGCAGUCAAUAUGCUGUGUAUGCCCAAAGGCCUUUCCUUCCGGACCCAGGUGGACAACCGUGAUCCCCAGUUCCAUUCAUACCUCAUCACUCGGGAAGAUGGCACUCGUACCUAUGGCUUUGUACUAACCUUUUAUGAAGAGGUGACCAGUAAGCAGAUCUGCACAGCCAUGCAGACCCUCUACCAAAUGCACCAUGCAGAACACGCAGGUAGUGUGUGCGCAUCAUCCUCUUGCAGCAUGGACUCCCUGGCCAGCAGUACAGACGAAGGUGAUGCCACCUCCCUCAGCAAACUCCACUGCUGCAGCUCCUAUGACAUCAGCCGGGAUACCCUUUACGCCUCCAAGGCCAUCUGUCUGAUCACUCCUCUACCUUUCAUGCAAGCGUGCCGCAAGUAUCUUUACCAGCUUCAUCAAGCUGUUACCUCCCAGCAGCCACCACCUCUUCCACUGGAAAGCUACAUCCACAAUAUUCUGUAUGAAGUACCUCUUCCCCCACCAGGCCGUUCCCUAAAGUUUCAUGGGGUCUAUGAACCAAUUGUUUGCCAGAGACCCAGUAUUAAUGAACUACCUCUAGCUGACUACCCAUUACGGCAUGUCUUUGAGCUACUGGGAGUGGAAAAUCUAGUGCAAGUGUUUACCUGUGUCCUUCUGGAAAUGCAAGUCCUGCUAUACUCUCAAGAUUACCAGCGCCUGAUGACAGUGGCUGAAGGGAUUACUGCACUUCUUUUCCCAUUCCAGUGGCAACACGUUUAUGUCCCUAUCCUCCCAGCUUCACUUCUUCACUUCCUUGAUGCCCCAGUCCCCUACCUGAUGGGACUUCAGUCCAAAGAAGGAACUGACCGCUCAAAGCUAGAGUUGCCACAAGAGGCUAACCUCUGUUUUGUGGACAUUGAUAACCACUACAUCGAGCUCCCUGAGGACUUCCCACAGUUCCCCAAUAAGCUCGAGUUCAUUCAGGAGAUCUCCGAAGUCCUUCUUGUCUUUGGAAUUCCCCCAGAAGGCAGUCUGCACUGCAGUGAGAGCGCCACCCAGCUAAAGAAUUUGGCCCUAAAUGACUUGGUCAAUGAUAAAAAGAAUGGAAAUUUGCCUGGUGAUACACUCGCUGUGUUUGAGAUGCUGCAGGGUAAUGCCACCCUGGAACGACUCCAAGCCCUGGCUAAGCGCACUGGCGUGUCAGUAGGCCAAGUCGAUGGGUUGAGAAGCAGUUCUUUUAAGGAAAAAGAAACCAGGCUUCAGUGUGAUGAGGAAGAGUUACGCAAUGCCAUGCUGAAUGUGCAGAUCCGGGAAGUCUUUGCCCACCGUUUCACUCAAAUGUUUGCUGAUUAUGAGGCUUUUGUCAUCCAGAGUGCCCAGGAUUUGGAGUCUUGGCUCACAAACCGAGAGCAAAUGCAAAACUUUGACAAGGCCUCCUUCCUUUCUGACCAGCCAGAGCCCUAUCUGCCUUUUCUGUCCCACUUCAUAGAAACACAAAUGUUUGCCACUUUCAUCGACAACAAGAUUAUGUCUCAGUGGGAGGACAAGGACCCCAUGCUCAGGGUAUUUGACUCUCGUAUUGAGAAGAUGAGGAUGUACAAUGUACGAAUCCCUAAUCUUCGUUCCUCCAUCUAUCAAAAAUGCACCAUCUUGAAGGAAUCAACCCAGUCUAUAGAACAACGGCUGAUGAAGAUUGAUCAUGCUGCCAUCCAUCCACACUUGCUUGAUAUGAAGAUUGGACAGGGUAGAUAUGAGCAAGGAUUUUUUCCAAAUCUUCAAUCAGAUGUCUUGGCAUCAGGACCAACCAACAACAACCGCUGGGUCAAUCGGACAGCCAGCACUCAGCGCAGGAAAGACCGCCUGAGACAGCACUCUGAUCACAUUGGCCUGGACAAUGAUUUGAGAGAGCAAGUAGAAGGCUGUUUGCUUCUGCAGAACUCAAUGGCGCUGUGGGAAUGGGAUCAGAGGGCCCCCAUUCCCAUAAGACCACCUCAGAAGUCCUUUUCUGCAUGCUGUCUGAAGUACAUGCAAGAGGCAAGGAGCAUAGGGAAGAAUCUACGACAACCAAAACUGUCAGACCUCUCCCCUGCUGUCAUUGCUCAAACCAACUGGAAAUUUGUGGAAGGGCUUUUAAAAGAAUGUCGAAUGAAGACGAAGCGCAUGCUGGUUGAAAAAAUGGGUCAUGAGGCAGUAGAGCUUGGCCAUGGAGAGGCUAAUAUCACUGGACUGGAGGAGAACACGCUUAUCGCCAGCUUAUGUGACCUGCUGGAGAGGAUCUGGAGUCAUGGCCUUCAGGUCAAACAGGGAAAAUCUGCUUUGUGGUCCCAUUUGCUGCAGUACCAAGAGAGAGAAGAGAAGCUUGAGCCCCCUGCAGAGUCUCCUGUUUCCUUGGGCCCAGAGAGAAGAAAAUCAGAGACGGGAUUGUCAAUGCCUCUCCUCCGGGUUUCUCUUAUUCAGGAUAUGCGACAUAUCCAGAACAUCAGUGAGAUAAAGACGGACGUUGGCAGAGCUCGUGCCUGGAUAAGGCUGUCUCUAGAGAAGAAGGUUCUUUCCCAGCACUUUAAACAGCUCUUUUCAAACCAAGCAUUAACAAAAAAACUUUACAAGCGAUAUGCUUUUUUACGCUGCGAAGAAGAAAAAGAGCAAUUCCUUUAUCACCUUCUAUCACUAAAUGCAGUGGAUUAUUUUUGCUUCACGAAUGUUUUCACCACAAUCAUUAUACCUUAUAGAGCUGUCAUUAUUCCCAUCAAGAAACUGAGCAAUGCCAUCACAACGUCAAACCCCUGGAUUUGUGUCUCUGGAGAAUUGGGAGAUUCGGGAGUGAUGCAGAUUCCAAAGAAUGUCCUAGAAAUGACCUUUGAGUUUGGAUAUAAGCCCACACAUUCUACAAUCACCAAAUUGUUCAAGUGUCAAAAUCUGGGAAAGCUUACCACAGCCCAAAUUGGGCAUGACAACUCUGGCAUCUUGGCAAAGUGGCUUGUGGAUUGUGUCAUGGUUAGAAAUGAAAUCUCUGGACAUACAUACAAGUUUCCAUGUGGUCGAUGGCUGGGGAAAGGGAUUGAUGAUGGGAGUUUAGAAAGAAUCUUGAUUGGUGAGCUGAUCAUUCCAUGUACUGAUGAGGAGCUGGGCAAGCAGUGCAGGACCCCACCGCAGCAGCGCUCUCCAACACAGAUCCGGCGGCUUAGCAUUACUUCAUUAGGAGGGAGAAACAACAAGCUGAAUGCUGCCCAGAUUCAAGAGGCAGUUGGGGAGGCAGUGAAUAACAUUGUGAAGCAUUUCCACAAGCCAGAAAAGGAGAGAGGAAGCCUCACAAUAUUGCUCUGUGGUGAAAAUGGCCUGGUAUCUGCACUGGAACAGUUUUUCUACCAUGGAUUUAAAUCAUCCAGAAUUUUCCAGAAAAAUGUUUUUAUCUGGGACUUUGUAGAAAAAGCAGCAGCCUUUUUUGAAUCAGGUGAUCAAAUAGAGGAGGCUGAGACUGGAGUGGAGUCAUUAAGACCUACAAGCAAGAUAUUCUGCCAGUAUGCGACUGCUAUCAAUGUAACACCCCGUAACAUUGGAAAGGAUGGAAAGUUCCAGCUGCUUGUUUGUCUUGGGGCAAGGGACCACCUCCUCCCGCAGUGGAUUCCUCUACUUGUGGAAUGUCCUCUAAUCACGCGGAUGUAUGAAGAACAAGCUCUCCUGAGAGACCGCAUGGCUGUGAACUCUGUCAUCCGAGUUCUGCAAACAGUCCAGGAGUUCAGCAUCACUUUGGAAUCAUCUCUGGUCAAAGGCAUCGAUCUGUAGCCUUCAUUCUUCACACCCACUGAAUCAGACCUUAUAAUUCGGCACACUUUGCUGCUGCUUGUUCAACACUGGAAGCCAAAUGAGUGGAAAACUGGGGAGAUAAAACAUAUAAGACUAUAAAAAAGAUGUUGGUAGACAGAGAAAUAAAGCCUUGUGGCGUAAUCAGGAAGUGUGAUGUACAAAUUGAUUACAGUAUUAUGCAGCUUGUUAUUAGGAUAUAUGAUAUUUAGUAAUAUAGAAUAUUUUUCAUGUGCUAGAUGUGUGUAAAUACUUUUCAGGGUAAAAAAAAAAUAUUAGAAUGCAAAAACUAAAUGAAAACACUCUUGUAUAUUUUGUUGAUGAUCUGCUUAAUACAUUAAUUGAAACUGAAAUCUUUGACUGCAUCUGAAAGGCAUGGUCUUUGACAUAUCUAACUACAGCAGUAUUUUUUCUCAAACAGAAUGAAGGAUUUUUUUUAUAUAUUUAUUGAUAUUUUUUAAUUCUUCUGUGAAGCCUCUCAUUGCUGUCUCCUUCAGGGAUGGUUUCAGGAAUUGCCUUCGUUUGUCAUUCUUUUUUUUUUGAGGAAGUCAGUUGUGUUGCUACUGUACUCCUAAAUCUUGUCCACCAAAACUCCGAUUGAGUUCAUAGAGAAUUCAAGCCACAUGCUGCCCGCCCUGUCAUUGUCACCGAGCGUAUCGGAGGAAAGUGUGCUUCAGGCUGGAGCUGCUUUCCUUGUCUUUCAGUGUGGGCAGAUUUUGUUCUCCUUCAACACAUGGAUCAGCUUGCAUUUCACUGUUUUGACAUUUGAAGAAAUCGGCAGCCCGUACUCCUGUUACUAAUGGUUUCUUUUGAGUUGGAAGAAUUGAUUUGUAUGGAAUAUAUUGCAAGUAAUGUAUUGGGCUUCCUCUAUUAUGCAACUUAAGAAACUAUGGCCCUGUGACUGUACCAGGUGACAGAAAAUGUAAUCAUGCGUGUGUGUGUAGUAAGAUGAUAAUGCCAUACUGCAUUUACGAUCGUGGUAUCCUGAAAUGAAUAAUUCAGUCUCACAGGAUGCUUCUAUUGAUUUAUACACAUUCUUUACGUUUGCUGUUUAAAUGUGUGUUUUCCCUUCACUGAAGUAUACCUGUGGUAUUCUAGUCUCUGCUUCUCCAAAUUAUGAAAAUCAGCGUUCAAAAAAUGAGUUCAAUCCAUCACCACACACAUCAUUUUUUUGUGGUGUCUUAAGGAAUUGACAAUUCCUGUAUUAUUGUUUUGGAAGACGGUUAUCCCAUAAUAAGCUUGAUGGUCCUCAUUCGCAUAUCAAGCAUCUAGAAUACAUGUUAAUAGUCAGCACUUUCUUGUGUUAGCCUGCAUUUCAGUCUUUAAAUUAAUAAACGAAGAGCUGGGCUUUUUUAAAAAUGUAUAUAGCAUUUUUUUAUUUAUAUCGUUUAGUUGCAUUCUAUGGAGAUAGCAGAUUGACAGAUGCUUACACGGAGAUACAUUAAUGUGCAGGCUUCAGCAACAUGUUAAGGAAACUGACAAGUGUUUUGCACAUUUUUUUUAAACAGAUGCUGCUGUUAUUGUCUGCUAAUGGACCUUCUACUCUCACUAGCAAUAACUUGGAUAUUGCAAUACUUUUUUUUUUUAGUUUUAGACUGAAUCUUAGAGGUAAUGGUCCUUUAGGUUUUUGGGAACAUGUCUUGAAGAACAUGUUCCUAAUUUAAAAUAAAAGAAGUAUGAUUAUGGUGAAAUUCCAAGACAAGAAAAAAAAUCUACUACAGUAUGAGAAAAAUAUUAAGGAGACAUUUAUUCAACUUUUUUGUUUGUUUCCGGGUUUUCCCAGAUUGCACGUUGUGAGGCACAUUGAAUAUGCAGUGUCUGUUCAGUAAUUUGUCUUUAUGUCUUUGUUAUGGUUAAAUGCAUUUCAUUAAAAAUGCUUUAUUCAUUA